AUGAGUGAUUUACCGAAUAAUGAAUCCGAACAAUCAGCACAAAAUCCCGCUCCAAUUAAUGUGCCGGAGCCACGACCUUCCCGUCGUGCUGUGAACUUUCCUUCAUACAGGGAGGAUAACCUCGGUUCAACUUAUGAUCCGCCUGUAACGAUAGAAAGUCAAGAAGCGCACGGUGAACCAAGCGUGGAUAGAAUAAUUGCUAUUGAUACCGCAUUACAACCAAUUGAAGAAGAAGUUGAUCGUGUAUCUCCAUCCAUUGAAUCUUCAACAUUCCCAAAAAGGAUAAUAAAAAAGGAUCCACCAACAACCCCCACUUCUCGUAAAUUUCAUAGAUCUCGUAAUCAAAAUGAAAUUCCAUUUUCAUUUACUUAUACUCCAUCAUAUUCUAGCGAUAGGGUUCCUUGGAGUGCUUUAAGAAAUUAUAAUGAUAGACAUCAUAAUGAUAACUUGAUGACCGGAACCCCUUCAUCUACAACUCGGUUGGAUGAAUUCUUCCAUAGUGGUGUGAUUUAUGAUGAUCCUCGUUCCAUUUCUCCCGGUGAUGAAAGUUUGUUUAGUGUUAUAAUGGAUGAUGGUUCAUUACAAAGGAGAAGAAUUUCUUUAACUUCUGAACCUUCAAGAAAUUCUUUUUCUGAACAUACCCCGUUACUUCAUGGUUAUAAUGUUUCAGACUCCGAAGAAUCAAAUUAUGAUAAGAAUCAACACCAUAAAAACGAUAAAUCAUUAAAGGCAAAGGUUGGGAGAGUUAAAGAUUGGUUUCACGAAAAUACCUUUACACCAAAUCAAAAAAACAUCAUUAAAUGCGCGUUAGCGUAUUUUAUCGCGUCGUUGUUUACUUUUGUACCAAUAUUAAAUGAAUGGGCGGGAUUGAGAAAAUCACAAAAUUCUCAUUUAGUAGCAACGGUUGCAGUAUUUUAUAAUCCUGCUAAAACUGUUGGAGGAAUUUACGAGGCGGUCAUUUUUGCUCUCAUGGGUGGAUUAUAUGGAUCUUUGGUUGGUAUUGGUAGUAUGGCUUGUGCUGUUUGGUUUAACGAUCAGGGUUAUAAUACUUUGGGACAUAUUGUAACCGUUGUAUUUUGGUGUGGUGGAAGUAUGUUUAUUGUGGCCUUUCUUAAAGCCAAACUGAAUAAACCAAGCUUUAAUAGCGCAUGUUCUCUCGCGAAUAUUAUCAUAUUUGUAGUUUUAACCAAGGAGGGGGCAGCUUAUUUAGUAUGUAUCUGGCCGAUUAGUGCUAGUAAGAAAUUAAAGACAGAGAUCGGGAAUACUUUAGGAUCCUUUAACCUCCUUUUAAAACUUCUUACCAAGACCUUCCUCAUUGAUGAUAUUCAUUACACAGACAAAUCGGUUCAAUCCGCGAUUGCAUCGUACAGGGCAUCGUUCACAUCCCUAAAAGCAUCGCUUUAUCAAGCGUCAUUUGAGGUUCAUAAUCGGAAUAUGCAAUCUCAACUUGAUAUUUAUAAGGAGGUGAUCAAAAGUUUGCAUAGAUUGGCACAACAUUUGGGUGGUUUAAGAAGUUGUUGUGGAUUACAAUGGGAAAUUAUUAAAGACGAGAAAAGUAAAAGUGGUGAAAAUUCAACGGAUCAAACGAAAUCGUCUGAAGAUUUCAAUCAAAAUAAAAAUCAAAGUGGAAACUUUUCAGAUGAAGAAGAAUUCGGGGAUUUGGGUAUCUUGUUAGAAUUCAUUCGAUACGUUGGACCUCCAAUGAAAUCUUUAGUGUUCACAUGUAAACAAACCAUCUCACAUUUACAAGAUCAAUUUAUUAAAUCACCUUCAGCAUUUUCAAAAACAACCCCGACAUUACUUCAGCAAAAUUUAAAAUCUGCUUUAGACUUGUUUGAAAAGUCGCAAUCAAGAUCACUUACAGGUCUUUAUCGUAAAAAAACCGCGAGUAGUAGACCAAACGAAGAAGUUUUUUUAAUUUACUUUUUUGUAUUCAAUUUACAAGAAUUUACGAGAGAAUUAACGGAUUUAAUAGACCUAGUCAAAGACAAAUUUCCUGAAAAUACAAAUAAUUUAUUUGAUACGAUUCAAACACCGAAACCAAAAACUUUAGCACAUAAACUUACUAUUAAAAUUUGGCAAUCACUUUCCUGGUUUAGGCAAUUUGAAGUUAAAUACGCUUUUAAGGCCGCUGUUAGUGCUGCUAUUUUGGCAAGUCCCGCGUUUAUUGAGGAAACGAGAGAAAUUUAUAGAGAAUAUCGUGGUGAAUGGGCUUGUAUUUCUGUGAGCAUAUUUUUUUCGGGCAAUUUUUUUUCCUCCUUUUGA